AUACCCACAGGAAAACAAAACACCUGCACGACAGAGAGAUGGAAGUAGUUAAAGUUCUUCGGAUGAAUGAGGGAUUGGGAGAGACCAGCUAUGCUCAAAACUCAUUGCUUCAGCGAAAAGUGAUAUCUAUGACAAGGCCUAUCACAGAGGAAGCCAUGACCAAUCUCUAUUGUAGUACCUUUCCAAAGACUCUAGUUAUUGCAGACCUUGGAUGUUCUUCAGGACCAAACACUCUUUUUGCGGUGUCUGAACUCAUCAAAGUAGUGGACAAACUUUGUGUUAAGCUAGGUCAUCAAUCUCCAGAAUAUCAGGUUAUGUUGAACGAUUUACCAGGAAAUGACUUCAAUACCAUUUUUAGGUCCUUACCAGAGUUUGAAGAACAAAUGAAAAAGCGAUUGAAAGCUGGAAAGGGUCCAUUUUAUUUCACUGGAGUGCCUGGUUCUUUCUACAAUAGGCUUUUCCUUAGCAAUAGCCUGCAUUUUGUCCAUUCAUCUUAUAGUCUCCAUUGGUUGUCUCAGGUUCCUGAAGGUCUGGAGGAUAACAAAGGGAACAUUUAUAUCGGUAGCAGCAGUCCACUGAGUGUUCUUAAGGCAUAUUAUCGCCAAUUUCAAAGAGAUUUUUCAUUAUUCUUGAAUUGUCGUGCUGAUGAAUUGGUGGCAGGAGGUCGUAUGGUUUUGACAUUUUUAGGUAGGAGAAGUCCAGAUCCUUCUAGUAAAGAGUGUUGCCACUACAUCUGGGAGCUUUUGGCUAUGGUUCUUAACAACAUGGUCUUGGAGGGAAUCAUUGAGGAAGAAAAAUUAGAUUCCUUCAACAUUCCCAACUAUACACCAUCCCCAUUUGAAGUACGAUCUGAGAUAGAAAAAGUAGGGUCUUUUAGCAUUGAUCGGUUGGAGGUUUCUGAAGUCAAUUGGGAUGUUUAUCACAAUGAGUGUAACCUUUCUGAUGCAUAUGAAGAUGGUGGAUAUAAUGUUGCAAUGUGCAUUAGAGCCGUAGCUGAGCCCUUACUUGUUGGACACUUCGGCUUCAGCGAAUCUAUCGUUGAAGAUAUUUUUUACCGAUUUAAAAAAGUCGUGACUGAUCAUAUGGCCAAAGAAAAGACUGAAUUUGUCCAUGUGACUGUGGCUAUGACAAAGACGGGAUGAUCGCCAUAAUAGCUUCUUUUUUCUUUCUUUUUUUUGGAAUAAGAUGU